AUGCAAGACAUUGACUUUGCAAACUUCCUCGACAUUGGUGACAUAGGCGACAUUGGUAACAUCGAUGUGAGCGACUUCCCCUCCCUCGACGGGCCUGAUGGCCGAGUCCUGGGUUCAAAUGGCCCUCUACACGACUUUGGCACCGAGAGCUUCGAGCUUCCGACACAAUUGGACGUGCAAAACUUCAAUCAGAAUCAACAAUGGGCACAACCCCAAGUGCCGCAGAACAUGUAUCGUGCGCCAAACGUAGUCCCGCCGACGCCAAACAGUUACGACCUGCAAGGCAAUGCGCGUCAUUACAUGGCCCAGCACAUGGAACAGGGAGCCGGUCCCUUUUACGACCAACAUCGACGGUUAGCAAAGGAAGACAAUAUGGCUUUCACCCCUCUAGUCUCGCCAGCCGUAACUCCGAGAGACUCGACCUUCCAACCCAUUCCCGAGUACACCAUUCCCGGCGCUUACUUCAGCCCACUCACGUCGCCAGCUCUGCAUGCACAACAGCAGCAGAAUCGCAGCUAUGCCCACAGCCACUACACCAACCCGACGACGGCCGACAACUCGGCUGCCGCUUCGCCGCUCGACCUCAACAUGGAUGUCGACUCGCUGAAAGAUGUGACGGACAGUGCUCCUCGUAGAAGCAGACGAAAGCCUCAAGCGCCGCAUUCCGCAGGUCCUGCUGCCCGAGUGCGACAAUCUCCAAUCGUCAAGGCCCAAAGACGUCGCUCGGCUCACCUCUCGACCAUCAUUCCCCCACGUGAGGUCGCCAAUGUCUUGAUGGAAGCGCAGAAUCAAUCGCAGAACCAAGGCUCUCGUACUCCGUCUACCGAGUGUUUGCCGUCGUAUCUCGAAGAGUCAAGCACAGAGUCGAUAUCACCUGAAGCCUUACCCGAUUCGGUCAUGGGCCCCCCUCCUCUACCUUCCUCAGCCUACCAUUCCCCUGCCUUGCAACCUCAGAAUCAUUCUGCGCCUGCUCCAACUGCUAUUCACUCUCAUCAAGGGCCGAAUGCUCCGUGCCCGGCUACUCCUGCUUCGCUGAUGUCUAUUCGCAAGAGUCAGCAGCAGAAUGGUGUGAAUCGUUCUGCUGGACCUCAUCCAGGCUCAGGUCAAUUCCCAGUGCAAUCACAGGAUCAGAUGAACAUGCUCGAGGACCUGGCCUUGCCUCCAUCAGCAGCUGAACCUGCCCGACCAGCUUCUUUGAGCAGAAUCGACACAACAUUUUCUACCGACAAUACCCCUCGCUUAGCCCCAGCUAUUAAGGGCACGCCUAGAUUGGCUCCAUCGAACUCUACCACGACAAGCCCCAUGAUUGGAGCUACACAAUCGCCUGCUGUCGGGCCAUCAGGCAAGAAACUUGAACAAAAGCGAUCGCAAACUGCGAAGAAGCGCGGUAGUGUCAGCAACGUUUCAGCUCUUGUCAGUCCGGCUAUCCGACCAAAGAUCAGUCCCAGCAUCAAGCCUUUGCUUCCCGAAGGAGGUACUGAAACUCAACAAGCUCUUCUUCUCGCGUCAAAGUCAAACUACACUCAUCUGCUCGAAGGCACUCGCCUUCCUGGCGUUUCGUAUCCCGAGUCUUUAUCCAUGGGCUUGACUUCGAAACGCACCUCACACAAGAUUGCCGAGCAAGGCCGACGCAACAGAAUAAAUGAAGCCAUCAAAGAGAUGCAAACACUACUUCCCAAAUCAAAGGGUAAGGGUAAAGCAGAAGAUAUUGCCGAUGAAGAGGAGGAAGCCAACGCCAAGGAGGGCAAGGGCAACAACACUGCCGAGGGAAGAAGUGCAAACUCCAAAGCUGCCACUGUGGAGAGCGCUAUCGAUUACAUCAAGCUACUGCAACAAGAGAAAAACCAUGCUUUCGAGAUGCUCAAGAAGAAAGACGAGGAAAUGGCCGCCUUGAGAAAGCAACUGCAGGCUGCCGACAUCACUACAAACGGCAGUGACUCCGCUAAUGAUUCAGUCGUUGCUAGCAGCAGCGAGGAAAACGGCGCUGAGCCCGAGAAGAUGGAAGGCGUCAGUGCUUCGCCGUGA